AAAAAGGCAAAAUACGCAAAAGGCCUGUCAUAACAUAACCAUAACCUCAAACCAAAAAUAGAUUUUCAAAAAAAAUUAAAAAAUUUAAAAGAAAAUGAAAAAUCAACUUUAUAAUGUUUAGGACCAUUCGUUUGCCAUUAAAUUUAAUUUUAGGACGUUACAUAACAAGAGCCCAAGCCACCUGCAGCCUUAAUGGGGCCCCCAGUAACCUGAUACAGAGCCUACAAUCUACAAGCUUCAAAAAUGUUGCCUUCCAAAAGCAACUGAAAAUUAUAAACAAAGAAUACGCUGCAGUUUGGGCAUUAGUGCACCGGUCUGGGCUCAAAGAUGUUGUCCAAUUGCUACCCCAUUUGGGCGGCUUCACGUAUUUCAGCCAAACGUCGAAUCGGCCUCAGAAACCUAGUGGACCUAUAAAACCCCCUGAUCCUGAUAAACCAGAAAAAGAUAACGAUGAUGAAGAUAAAGACAAACUUUCCACCUUGUUAGCCAAAGCCCUAAUAUGGAUGUUGACAGCCUACAUAUUUAUUGCAAUAAUUUCUUUAAUGUUUCCAAGCACUAAUGCUCCUGAGGCAAUUCGUUAUGUAUCUUGGAAUGAAUUUCUCUAUCAAAUGUUGGCCAAAGGAGAAGUGGAACAACUUAUUGUCAGGCCUGAUAUUGAUAUUGUUACAAUUAUAUUGCAUGAAGGUGCUGUUAUUAAAGGGAGAAGGUCUGAUCUUCGUACUUAUCACAUGAACAUAGCAGAUGUAGGCAAAUUCGAAGAAAAACUUAGAGAAGCUGAAAGAAGACUGGGCAUAAAGGAUGGUGUCCCUGUAACAUAUGAAAGAGGCACAGAUUCUGCAGGAAAACUACUAAUUUCUGUAGCUUUCUUUGGAGCCCUAUUAUGGUGGCUGGCCAAGAACAAAGCUAUUAGAACCCCGAUUAAUAUGGAUAUGUUUAGCCAAAUGACUAGAGCAAAAUUCACCCUAAUAGAUCCUAUAAUGGGACAAGGCAAAGGUGUACUUUUUAGUGAUGUGGCUGGGUUAAGAGAAGCCAAACAAGAAGUUAAAGAGUUUGUGGAUUAUUUGAAAAGGCCUGAACAUUAUAAGGCUUUGGGAGCUAAAGUACCUAAAGGAGCACUUUUAUUAGGUCCUCCAGGAUGUGGUAAAACACUUUUAGCUAAAGCAGUAGCAACCGAAGCAAACGUACCAUUUUUAUCAAUGAACGGAUCAGAAUUUAUUGAAAUGAUUGGUGGAUUGGGAGCUGCAAGAGUGCGAGAUCUUUUUGGCGAAGCUCGUAAACGAGCCCCUUGCAUAAUCUACAUUGACGAAAUUGACGCUGUAGGCAAAAAAAGAAGUGGAAAUUUAAGCUCUGGGGCUAGUGGAGAGAGUGAACAAACCCUAAAUCAACUCUUAGUGGAAAUGGACGGUAUGGCCAGCAAAGAGAAUGUCAUAAUGCUGGCCUCGACCAACAGAGCAGAUGUUUUGGACAAAGCCCUUUUGCGUCCUGGCAGAUUCGAUCGACACAUUUUAAUAGACUACCCUGACCUUAUUGAGCGCAAAGAAAUCUUCGAACAACAUCUAAAAGGCAUCACUCUAGAGCAUGCUCCUAAUUUAUACUCUAAAAGAUUGGCCUUUUUGACACCAGGAUUUAGUGGAGCUGAUAUUGCAAAUGUAUGCAACGAAGCCGCUCUACACGCGGCAAGAUUCAAACAAAAACAAGUUACAGGAAGUAAUUUAGAGUAUGCAGUUGAAAGACUUGUUGGCGGCACUGAAAAAAGAUCGCACUCGAUGUCUCCUCAAGAAAAACGUAUUGUAGCAUACCACGAAUCUGGCCACGCCUUAGUCGGUUGGAUGUUAAAACAUACUGACGCUCUUUUAAAAGUCACCAUAGUGCCAAGAACCAGUUUGGCACUUGGAUUUGCCCAGUACAUACCGAAAGACCAGAAACUUUAUACUAAAGAGGAACUUUUUGACAGGAUGUGCAUGACUUUGGGAGGCAGAGUAGCUGAAGCUUUGACUUUCAAUAAAAUCACAACCGGGGCACAGAAUGAUUUGGAAAAAGUUACUAAAAUGGCCUAUGCUAAUGUUAAAGAGUAUGGCAUGAAUGAGUUUGUUGGUUUGGUAAGCUUUCCUGAACAAGAAACAAAAGAAUUAGGGAGGAGGCCUUAUAGCAAAAAAUUCGCUAGCCUGAUAGACAUUGAAUCGAGAAAACUUGUUGGUAAAGCUUAUCAAAGUACAGAAGAGGUUUUAAAGAAGCAUAAAGACAAACUUCAGUUGCUGGCAGAAACUUUAUUGAAACAAGAAACACUCAAUUACGCAGAUGUAGAAAAACUAUUAGGUCCUCCACCUUAUGGCGAGAAAAAGUUAAUUGAUCCUGCGGAGUUUGAAGAAAAUAUCAGAAAAGAUGCGGGAGAUGUUAGUUCAAAUGAUGAAACAUCAAAACCUAUAGCCACGUGAUUUGUAGUUAGACUAUGGAUAAUGUAGAUAAUAUUGUUUGUUAAUUUUAAAAAAAAAGAGUUUUUUUUUUGAGA